CUCUAUCUCUUCGCUCCCUCUGUCCCUCUCUGUGUGGCUGCUUCUCCUUCCCCUGCUUUGUCUGCUUCUCUGUCAUAAACAUUUGGCCCAUGUGUAUACCUACAAUGUACAUGUAAAUGCGGUUUUAUUUCCAGAGGAGUACAAAAAUAGGGAGAUGGUGCCCGAGAUUACCUGUGAAAGUAUUUCACUGUGUAGGGACGGUGACUGGAUGGCUUUCUGUUUUCGCUUGGCCCGGUAGAAGCCUUAGGCGCUUGUUAACAGUUUAUUUUUCUUGCUGUUGUGUGGCUGGUUAUUUAUGGAGCCGUUUGCUGCAAUGUACUCUCUAGGCCCCUGUCUCAGUCUCUGGCUGGAGUUUUAAAUAAAGGAGGUUUCCAAGCCUGCGGGGGGUGCAAUUAUAUGUUUAUUUAAGCUUCAGUUUGGUUUCUCGUCACAGAAAGGAGAAGAAUAAAAUUCUGGCACAUUUCUGCCUUGCGAUUUCCACGUGAGGGAGUUGCCUUGUUUGGAAAGAAUAUUUGAGGACGAUCCUAAAAAAUACUUACACUUUAAAAUUGCUUAUUGCAAAGUGAAAUUCAUUCUCCCUUCCUUCUUGAAACAGUUUUCUUUCACACUUGUGAGGAGAUGCAUGCACGCAUAUGUGUUUAAAACUGAUGCUUAAUUAUAGUAAUACCAAUUUGCAGUAACCAGACUGUGACACCACAUCCCUGUGGGGUCCUUCUAAACCUGGUGUAAUAUGAAAGUGUCAGGCAGGCGGCCUGUGUAUUAUAAAUAGGGUACUUCAUCCAUGAAUGGCGAUCAGUCCACGAAGCGAUGCAACUUUCUCCAGUCAGAAAUCAACACCUUCAGAGAGUCCUCGAACAAAGAAAUUUCCACUAACUGAAGAGGAAGUAUUUUAUAUGAAUUGUAGAGCUGCCUACUUAACUGUCUUCAAAAGCAGCUUGGAAAACAUUAUUUCUAAAGAUCAACUUUACUUGGCUCUUCAGCAUGCAGGAAGAAAUCCAUCCCAAAAGACCAUUAAUAAGCAUUGGACUCCUCAAACUGCCAAACUGAAUUUUGAUGAUUUUUGUAUAAUUUUAAGGAAGGAAAAACCUACUUCAAAAGCAGAACUACUAAAAUCAUUUAAGCAAUUAGAUGUAAAUGAUGAUGGCUGUAUUUUACACACUGACCUUUAUGAAUUUCUAACGAAGAGAGGUGAGAAGAUGACUCGAGAAGAAGUAAAUGCCAUAAUAAAUUUGACAGAUGUAAAUGCUGAUGGCAAAUUUGACUACAUCAAGUUUUGUAAAUUAUAUAUGACAACCAAUGAGCAAUGUCUCAAGACUACACUAGAAAAACUAGAGGUUGAUAGUAAAAUGAGGCGUCACCAGUUUGGAAACCACAUCGAAGGGUCCCCUGAAAGGGACCCAUCACCAGUACCAAAACCAUCACCUAAAAUCAUAAGAAAAACAGAUCAGGAAACAUUCUCAAAUAAAGGUGACACCAGGAGUUCUUUACUGUCAGCAACCAGGAAGUUCAAAACAUCUGUUUCCUUCACAAUUACCAUGGGGGCUAAUGGUAACCAAAACUCAAAGUUAACGGAGCCAAAUUUAAUAAAGCCAUGUCCUGUUAAUCUGUGGCACUGCCCCAGAGGUAGCAUCAGCACAUCGAAAAAUUCUUCCAUCUUUGAGUUUCCUAAAUGGCACAAAUGGUGUUUACUACCAGUGUACCAGGACUGGCAAUACAUGCAAUCAAAAGGUUGCUUCUUCUUAGAAGAAGAUGGUGAAAUCAUUAGUCAUCAGUACAGGAUGCAAAUAGCUCAGAGGUCCAUGGUUUAUCUAACAAUUAAGCCAUUAAAUCUGAGUCAAGUUGAAGGAAAACCGUCCCCUUGGUUAUCUGUUGAUACUGCCUUGUAUAUUCUCAAGGAAAAUGAGAGUCAAGCAAAUCUACAGCUUGUGUGUUUUACCGAACUACGAAAUAGAGAGGUGUUUGGAUGGACUGGUGAACUAGGACCUGGAAUUUACUGGUUAAUUCCUUCCACAACCGGCUGUAGGCUGAGGAAAAAAAUAAAACCAGUAACAGAUGAAGCCCAACUUGUAUACAGAGAUGAAACAGGGAAAUUAUUCCUUACAAAGGAAUUUAAGUCUACUUUAUCAGAUAUAUUUGAAGUAAUUGAUUUAGAUGGAAAUGGUCUUCUUAGCCUUGAAGAAUAUAAUUUUUUUGAAUUGAGAACAAGUGGUGAGAAAUGUGAUGAAGAUGCUUGGGCUGUCUGCAGAGAGAAUUUUGAUACAAAGAGGAAUGAACUAACAAGACAAGGAUUUAUGGAUUUGAAUCUAAUGGAAGCUAAUGAUCGAGAAGGAGAUCCUUGUGACCUUUGGGUAACUCUACACUCUAUGGGCUACAAUAAAGCUCUGGAGUUGACAGAGGCAUGUCCAUUUGUCAUUGAUAUCUAUGCAGAAAAAUGCAAGCCAAAAAUUAAAGCUGUCCAUAUGGAGGCAUGUAGUGGACAACUUGAGAAGGCCAUUUGUAAAUCUGUUCUUAGCAAGGGUGAUGCCAAAGUAAUGGAUGGCUAUGAAAAUAUAAUCGUGCAUACUUACAGUUGUGACACCUGGAUAACGUCAAUUAUUGAAAACAAGUCAGAUGAGAAAGUGAUUAUUCACAUCAACAAUGAGCUAAGUAAAAACUGCGUAAACAACAGAGGACUCAACAUAUUUGCGGUAGAAGUGGGACCCAAAUCUACAAUGGUUUGUCAACAUGUAAUGCCUCUGAAUGAACGACAAGAAUGGAUAUAUUAUUGUAUAUAUUCUCUUAUUUCUUAAAUAAUUAUACUUAGAACUUACCAAACUAAGAAUUAUUUCAGAUUUAGUCUGUUAUUUAUUAAACAACUAAAUGCUACUUAAUUUAACUGAUGUACCUAAAUAAUAAUCUAUUCAAUUUAUAUGCAUUUUCAUUUUAUGUCAAUGCUAUGUACCUUAUUAUUAAAAUAUACGUAAUACUUUCA